CAGUGGGGUGGUAAGGCCACGAGUAUCCAAUGAUAGCAGACAUCCAAGACGACUCAGCCUCCAUCGUUGUCUUUCAUCUUCCAGACAUAUCAUCGAAUGUCUAUCUCCAUCGUCUCCUUCAAAGUCCCAUAUCUACAAGGCUUCAAUCCCUCCGACCUCCUGCUGCCUUUUUUCAAAACUUGACCCUCUCUCAAAGUCAUUACUAUACACCAACCGCUAAGGGCGCUGUCAGACAGCUUCCGCUCCACGGGGCGCCUAUCCCCCUUUUGUAAUUGUCGAUUCGAAUGACCGUUUAUCGCUCUAUACCCACUACCUCACUUUGGCGUCAUAACAGUACCAAGAAUAACCCUAGAUAUCGACGGCUAUUGUUGUGAGCGUCUCUUCAACCAUGUCUUCCGCUCAGCCUGUCGACGAAUCAGACCGGCGUCAUCCUCGACGUCGAGUACUUAAUCGUCCCCCUCCCUCGCUCUCGAGUGACUCGUCACCCCAUUCACUACCGUCAAAUUUGCGCUUGGUUAAAGGAGAAACUUUCCACUCUUCCAACCGACCUCGGUCCGAUCGUGAUCCAAUAUUAGAUUUAAAGCUGUUACCGCGCCGCUCUCCUACAUGUCCUAAGGCCUUGGAGGCUAUAGCUGCCGGCCAGCGGCGUAUGGCCCAUAUUCUCAACCGCUUCGAUCUUGACUCUCUUUCAAAGCACGACUCAUCGGAACCCCAAGACGAGCUCCCUGUUCCCCGAGGUAUCUUGAGGACACACGUUAAAUCCCGUGCUUCUACAGGGGAUUCUACUAAGCAACCCGAACCUACUCCACAGGAGCCCAAGGAGUCCCGCAAGAAGAUUCGAAGGGUGAAUCACCAUACAUCCGACAGUGGCCUGGGCAGUUCUAUUGGCAGCAUCGAAACUAUGUCAUCUACUAAAGGCAACGUGACAGCUGGCCAAGUGUGCCAAGCUAGCGUUGGACACAAACUGUCUGCUGCUGCCCGCGUUGAGAUACAGGGCCGUAUUCUUUUCCCCCUGCUUAUGAAGGACAAAUUCCAGCUAUUCCACCCUCUUGUCCGAUGCGCCCAUCAGCAAAUCGAGAAAGACCAGCUCAAGUGUCUGCGUGAUGUUGAGAAAACCCUUCUCUUUUCCACUCCUGACGUGAAGGCACCUACUGCAGCCUGGUACUCCUUUUGCCGAUUCACGAUUCACUGCCUUCACGAGACUUCUGGCUACCUUCGGGGCAGGGAUUUGGCCUUGCCCAACGAUGUGCCAUACUCGAACAACUACUUCCUCGACCUUAUCACCCAGAUCAACCGCUUCGCCAGGAUUCGAGACGCAACCCGGUCCCGACAGGACUCUGCAACCAACGGCGAGAAAGCCAAUAAAUCCAUUGAGCCCCGUCUCACCCUAGAGGGCGGCAUGUCCGAAACUGGACGGCCUGCGGAGCUUGUCAUGCACAAGGAUGGCAAGUCCAUCUCCUUGCAGACAGGAAAGCCGUACGACGAGCACGCCAUCCCAACCUUCAAGCGUACCUUUAGUGUUGAAACGGUUGAUGAGGGAGUUGAACGGUCCAUGGCCCGCCGCAAGAAGAAUGCUCCCCCGAUGGAUAUCAACCAGAAGUGCCAGUUCUGCGACAAAGUCUUGAAGCGACCAUGUGAUCUUACUAAACACGAGAAGACCCACUCGCGUCCUUACAAGUGCCCUGAAAGGGGAUGCAAGUAUUCCGAAUUGGGCUUCCCGACCGAGAAGGAGACGGAGCGUCAUUACAAUGACAAGCACUGCAAGAACCCCCGGUUAUUCAGAUGCCAUCAGCCUGGCUGCACCUACGCAUCGAAGAGGGAGAGCAAUUGCAAGCAGCACAUGGAGAAGACGCACGGCUGGGUGUAUGAACGGACGAAGAACAACGGCAAGAAUAAGCCUGUCAAGCAAGGAUCCGCUCAGCCCACUCCCCAGACCAGCGGUAUCCCAUCUCCUGCUGCCUCCAACCCGACAGGUGAUUUUUCUACACCCACGACAGGCCCCACUGUCUCCCCUAGUGAGCCUCCUAUUGCCUUCCCUGAGGCAAUACCGUUCUCAUUCGCCGACCCACCUGUUCCAACCCAGACUGAGGACUUCCAACUAUUCUCGAACAGCCCCACUUCGCUUGGCGGUUCUCCCUACCAUAAUAUGAAUGAUACCCAGGGGUUCCCAUCUGGCGCAAACUUCGACUUGAACCAGCCCCAAGUGCCUGGUAUUGGAAGUCCUGCCUCCGGAUCGAGCGAGUUUCUCACACCACAUUCUGGAAGCACUCACUCACCUUUUGACCCUAUCAAUCCUUUCCCCGACAACUCGAUGUUCUCAUUUGAGCCGUACAUGCAGCCUAAAACCGAGGAGAGCUUGUUGUUUGUGAGCGGCGGAUUUGGCGAUGUCCCUAGUAUGUUCGAGCAGAAUCCCAUGGAUUUUCUGACCGACCCAAUGUACAACUCAACCUUCAUGGGCUACGAGACUGUCCAGCCGCAGCUUGAGGCCAAUCCAAAUGCGCAGUUUGGACUGGAUGGUUGGGAUGAUUUCAUGUGCAAACCCGACCAACCUUCCAUGUAGAGUGGAAGACCAGGACUAUAGUCCCGUUGUUGAUGCAAUGCUGUCUUAUGGUUUAAGGCCUUUCGCUUUUGUUUUAAAAAAUAUGUGCAAUACGCAUGGUGUUUGGAUAGGGGCCUCGUGUAUUAACGGCUUUACGGCGGAUUAACGGUGUUCGAAUCAGCAAGAACUUGGUAUCAUUGGCAUUGGAAGCUUUCAUCACUAUUUUUCAAGAAACACAUAUUCUAUUCAGAGCAACAUCUUUUUGCUGUUGACAUUCUUUUGUAUCAUGGACAUCGAAAGCCGCAUGUCACUAUUUUAAGGACACAAUCACUAUUUUCCAGAACGUCCGUCUAAUGUUUGGACGACAAAUUGCUAGAUAUCUACACUCUUGUCUUGGCUAGGAAUUCCAUAUUAUCGUCUAAGAUCA